AUCGCAAAUGGUUCUGGUCCCUUCUGAGACCAACAAAAGCCGUUACUCGGGCGGUCAGCUCCCCUUGUCGCCCGGAGAAGGCAGAGGGCGGCUUGGGCCGCGGAGGGAGGAGAAGAGGUUUGAACGAGCGCGCUCUGGGCGCCGGGCCGCCUCCUCCUCGGGUUUCUUCCUGUUUGAUAGUCAACCAGCACAAUGUUCUACGCACAUUUUGUCCUCAGUAAAAGAGGGCCUCUGGCCAAAAUUUGGCUAGCGGCCCAUUGGGAUAAGAAGCUAACCAAAGCCCAUGUAUUCGAGUGUAAUUUGGAGAGCAGUGUGGAGAGUAUCAUCUCACCAAAGGUGAAGAUGGCAUUGCGAACAUCGGGACAUCUUUUACUGGGAGUAGUUCGAAUCUAUCACAGGAAAGCCAAAUAUCUUCUUGCAGACUGUAAUGAAGCAUUCAUUAAGAUAAAGAUGGCUUUUCGGCCAGGUGUUGUUGACCUUCCUGAAGAAAACCGUGAAGCAGCUUACAAUGCCAUUACUUUACCAGAAGAAUUUCAUGAUUUUGAUCAGCCACUGCCUGACUUAGAUGACAUCGAUGUGGCCCAACAAUUCAGCCUGAACCAGAGUAGAGUGGAAGAGAUAACCAUGAGGGAAGAAGUUGGAAACAUCAGUAUCCUUCAAGAAAAUGACUUUGGUGACUUUGGAGUGGAUGAUCGUGAGAUAAUGAGAGAAGGCAGUGCUUUUGAGGAUGACGACAUGUUGGGAAGCAAUAAUGCUUCCAACCUCCUAUUAGAACCUGAACAGAGCACCAGCAAUUUGAAUGAGAAAAUUAACCAUUUAGAAUAUGAAGACCAAUAUAAGGAUGAUAAUUUUGGAGAAGGAAAUGAUGGUGGAAUAUUGGAUGACAAGCUCAUUAGUAAUAAUGAUGGUGGUAUCUUUGACGAUCCUCCUGCCCUCUCUGAGACAGGAGUGAUGUUGCCGGAACAGCCUGCACAUGAUGAUAUGGAUGAGGAUGAUAAUGUAUCAAUGGGUGGGCCUGACAGUCCUGAUUCAGUGGAUCCCGUUGAACCAAUGCCAACUAUGACUGAUCAAACAACACUUGUUCCAAAUGAAGAAGAAGCAUUUGCUCUGGAACCUAUUGAUAUCACUGUCAAAGAAACAAAAGCCAAGAGGAAGAGGAAGCUAAUUGUUGACAGUGUCAAAGAGUUGGAUAGCAAAACAAUUAGAGCCCAACUUAGUGAUUACUCUGACAUUGUUACGACGCUGGACUUGGCACCACCCACCAAGAAGUUGAUGAUGUGGAAAGAGACAGGAGGAGUAGAAAAACUUUUUUCUCUACCUGCUCAGCCUCUGUGGAAUAACAGACUACUAAAGCUCUUUACACGUUGUCUUACACCACUUGUACCAGAAGACCUUAGGAAAAGGAGGAAAGGAGGAGAGGCGGAUAAUUUGGAUGAGUUCCUCAAAGAAUUUGAAAAUCCAGAGGUUCCUAGAGAGGACCAGCAGCAGCAACAUCAGCAGCGUGAUGUUAUAGAUGAACCCAUUAUGGAAGAGCCAAGCCGCCUCCAGGAAACAAUGGAGACAAGCAGAACAAACGUGGACGAGUCAGCCAUGCCCCCACCCCCACCUCAGGGAGUUAAGCGGAAAGCUGGACAAGUAGACCCAGAGCCUGUGGUACCUCCUCAGCAGGUGGAGCAGAUGGAAAUACCACCUGUGGAGCUUCCCCCUGAAGAACCUCCAAAUAUCUGUCAGCUAAUCCCUGAGUUAGAACUUCUGCCCGAGAAGGAGAAGGAGAAAGAAAAAGAGAAAGAAGAUGAUGAAGAGGAGGAGGAUGAAGAUGCUUUGGGGGGCGACCAGGAUCAGGAAGAAAGAAGGUGGAACAAAAGGACCCAACAGAUGCUCCAUGGUCUUCAGCGUGCUCUUGCUAAAACUGGAGCUGAAUCUAUCAGUUUGCUUGAGUUAUGUCGAAACACGAACAGAAAGCAAGCUGCAGCAAAGUUCUACAGCUUUUUGGUUCUUAAAAAACAGCAAGCUAUUGAGCUGACACAGGAGGAACCAUACAGUGACAUCAUCGCAACACCUGGACCAAGGUUCCAUAUUAUUUGAGGAGGUAGAAACAUUAUAGCUAGUGUUUAUUUCACUAGUGCAUACAAAUCGCCCCCAUGUGUAGGGCACACAAAACCUUUCAAGAAAAUUUAGGUUUUUGUCUGUACAAAGCCUCUGCCUUUUUCUCUCUUCAUUUUUUUCCUAUUAUGUUAAAUUUAUCAAUUUCAUCUUUAAAGGAAACUGCUUUAUAUGGUUAUGUUUGUGCUGAUGGAGGAAACAGUGCCCCAGAAGACUAUUUCAAACAGUUCAGAACACACGUGUGCAAUAUCGGUGCAUGUACUAAUGUUGAGUACCAGUCAUAAUUUUUAUCUUAGGUUUUCCUUUUCAAUGUAGUGAUGGAGAACUAUCUAAAAAGAAUGCCUGACAGUUUAAGAAGACUGUUUGACAGGAACAAAAAAAAAGCCUUCCCAUCACCAGUAACAACGGCAGUUGUCUUGUUAAACACUGUACGUAGGAAUAGUACCUGAAACAGCAAAGGUCAUCUUGAGAUACAUUUUAAAGUCUAAUUCCGUAAUAAGGUGUAUGUGAAAUUGUGCUGUGGCUGCUCCCUGUCAGCUAUAAGAAGAUAAGACUGACUCGGUUUAAAGUAUUCUAUUUUGUGAAUCAUUCCAGUUAAGUCUUUUAUGAACUUUGGUAUCCUGGAGUUUGUAGUUUUAGGAAUGCUCUAGAGUGAGCAGACAAAACUUUUCAGAGUCACACGACCAUAGGAAACAUUUAUAAUGUUCCAGGAGCUAUAAAUCAAGAGUUUUUAAAAAAAAACGCUUGGAUCUAUCUGUUUGCAUAUUCAGAUCAUGAAAAUAGAAAUUGAUUUGCCUACCAAAAGGGCAGAUGGAUGGGAAAUUAUACAUGUGGUUGACUUAACCUUUUAGCAGACAAUGCUGUAAAAACUAAUGGCUUCUCUGAUAUUUAUUAUAAAAGUUAGUACUGAUCUUUUUCCAGUGCUGCACACUCCGGUGUUUGGAACUUUUAUUUUAAUGGCUUUGCAACUGAAAUCCUGUAUCUGGUUUCCUAUAAUUUAAGUGAAAAACACAUCUAAAUAAAGCUUUUAUUAACAGACCAGAUAGCACCAGAAAUUAUGUGACUAUUGUGAUUAUCAAAAUAUGUUUUAACUUUUUAGGGAAAAAUUACACUGAAAGUUCUAGCUUAAGUGUUGGCACUUUUGUGGAAAAAAAUCACUUUUUGAAACACAGACUUCAGUGUAUACCCAAUAAUUUAAAAUUAUGUGAAAUGUUUUAAAUUUGUGAACUCGUAAUUACUGUUUUAAUGAUUCAGUUUCUUGAGAAUGGUAAUUGUACAAAAUUGCUAUUGCAGCUUUAAUUUCCAUAUGAUGUGCCUGUAAACCAUGGAAUUUUCCCCUUUUGUAAAAAGACAUUGUAGAUAAUUGAAUGUUUGAUUAUAGAAAGGUCAUUAGUUUCUUGUUACACAUUUUGUUAGUCUGGUUUUUGUUGCCUAUUGGGUUUAAUAUUGUUCUUGAAAAUAGUUAAUGCUAUGUUAUGUAUAACUUUUCUAAUAAAAGUUGUGUUAUAAGCUGUAAA